CAAAACAAGACAGCGCGGAGUGGAGAGUGGAGAACCAAGCCGUAGCUCCGGUAAAGCUUCAGCUACGAUGAGGACGCCGCCGGAGAUGCCGCUGGGUCUCCCCUUCACCGUCGACACAUGGGGCCCAUCCCGCCGCCACCGGUGCCACCGCUUCAUCACCCACGCGCACACGGACCACAUUGCCGGUGCCUGGGCCGGCCCCGGCGACACCGUCUACGCCACGCAGCUCACCAUGCGCCUCGCCCUCGAACGCUAUCCCCAGCUGGAGCGGGUUAAGUUUGUGGAAAUGGAGGUGGGAAAGAGGUGGGUGGUGGACGACCCUGGCGGCGCCUUUUCCGUCACCGCCUACGAUGCCAAUCACUGUGCUGGAGCGGUUAUGUUGUUGUUCGAGGGUCCAUUUGGUACCAUACUGCACACGGGGGACUGUCGGCUCACAUCACAUUGUGUGCAGAAAUUGCUACUGAAAUUGGAAGCAAAUCUUUGCCGGUUGGACACUGUGUACCUGGACUUGACAUUUCCCAAAUUCCUCGAGUUUCCGAGCAAGGAGUCUGCGAUUCAGCAGGUUAUAGCUUGCAUAUCAAAGCAUUCGCGUGCACCUUUCAUUUAUCUUGGAUGUCAAAGACUUGGCCAAGAAGAUAUCUUAAAAGAGGUGUCAAGGUCAUUUAGAUCGAAAAUCUAUGUUGAUAAGGGACUGUACUUGGAUUGUUUUAACACAUUGUCCCACACUGUCCCUGAAAUAAUCACUGAUGAUCCAACUGGUCGCUUCCAGGUACUGCCAGUUCGAUCCGAGGAGCUAAAUAAGAUAGCAGCCGAGAAGCUCGAAGAGGCAAGGGCUAGCGAUCAGCCAGAACCUUUAUUUAUUCGUCCUUCAGCAUGGCGGUAUUCCAAUGCCUAUGCUCAAAACCGGAAACCCAGCCUAACAGAAGCUGAGCAGGAUGGUAAUGUAUGGCGUGUUUGUUUCUCCAAUCACUCCUCUAGUAAUGAAUUAGAGCAGGCACUGCAACUUCUACAGCCUCAGUGGGUCAUUUCAACCACUCCCCCAAAUUUUGCGAGUGAACUGAGUUAUGUAAGGAGACGCUAUUUAUCGCACACCACACAGGGACAUGCGCCAUCAAGCAUCUGUUUCCGCACAACAUCCAGAGGGAAGGAAGACUAUGAAUAUUUUAUUCGAGGAAUACCGUCCCGAGGGCAGAGAAGCCCUAGAGUUGUGCAGAUAGAAGAAACAUGGGUGGACCAUAGGACAUUUGGACUAUCAAUGGGUGUGAACGGUUAUACUAUAUCAAAACAUGUUAUCAACAUGAUGGGCAAAGCUAUCAUUUCAGAACAGCGUGAUGCACAUUUCUUGAAGCAUGUGUUGCAUUCCGAGCUUGGAAAAAUGCUUCAAGGCCCCUCCCCAUGCCGAGAAAACAUUUCAAACUACCUAUCUGAGCCCAACCAGGGAUUCAAACUCGAAAACAUGGAUGCAGUUCUUGUACCAUUGCUAAAUUCCAAGACUUGGUACCUAGUUGUAGCAAAUUUUUGGAAGAGACGGUUCGAGGUAUUGAGCCCAAUGGGGUGCACUGACGAAUUGAUAACACAAGCACAGUCUAUUGUAUGCAACUUCCGGGAAGAUUUUCAUAGUGCAUAUCCUCAGCUCCAUAGCGUAAAAAUCAAAGACAUGGACAUUACCUUCCAUACCAUAUCAAACUCAGACAACGAAUCCGACAGUGGUAUAUUUAUCAUGAAGGCAUUAGAUUUAUAUGAUGGAGAGAAACAUAUCUUCUUUAACGAUUCUGACGCCGAAGGACUCCGUGAACACUUGGCAUUAUAUUUGUUGCACCACAAGUAUAAUGAGAUGCCCCACAGACAUGUACAAGGUUUAGUGGGUCCCUAAAGUCAACUAUCCGAUUGUAAACUAUGACUUCAUGAAGGUGAUCCAGAUUAUGUUUGUUACCAUCUACGAGGAAUGCUGCCAAGAGAGUUUAUGAAUGUAUCAUUUGAAAUUGUCCACAUGAAGCUAAUGUUGUUGAUCAUGAGUUAGCUUGAAGCACAAAGAUCUCCACUCCAUGUUUGAUUGGAUAAUCCACUUAAUUUUAUUUCACACCUAUGAUAAUCUACUUAA